AUGCUGCCCUUCUGCAGGAAUGCAAAGUUGGGCCUCCUUUCUUUCCUGAUUUCUGCUGGAAUGAGCUCAUUGCCUUUGGGAAAGGAUGCCUUUUGGUUAGAAAGAAUUGAAAAUCAUAAGAUCCUAUGGGAAAAGGCUCAAAAUCAGAAAAUGAGAUACAAGACUUCUUUGGUGAUGAGGAAACGGUUACGGCUUUACCGAAAUACCCUGAAAGAGUCAAGUAGCAUCUCCGGACACCAUGGGCCCCAGGUCUCCGCUGCGUCCUGCCCCUCGGUGUUUUCCGGCCUCCACGAACAGCCUCCCCAGGCCUCCCCCAGCCGUCCUCUGAAUGGACUUCUGCAUCUGGGGCUCCCUGGAGACAUGUAUGCGCGGCCCGAAACCUUCGCGCCGGGGCCAGCGGCCCGCAGCGACGCUUUGGCAGCGGCCGCAGCUCUGCACGGCUACGGGGGCAUGAACCUGACCGUGAACCUCACUGCACCCCACGGUCCCGGCGCCUUCUUCCGCUACAUGCGCCAACCCAUCAAACAAGAGCUCAUCUGUAAGUGGCUGGCUGCCGAUGGCCCCGCGCCCCCGCGCCUCUGCUCCAAAACUUUCAGCACCAUGCACGAGCUGGUCACACACGUCACGGUGGAGCACGUCGGCGGCCCGGAGCAGAGUAACCACAUCUGCUUCUGGGAGGAGUGUCCGCGCGAGGGCAAGCCCUUCAAAGCCAAAUACAAACUUGUAAAUCACAUCCGGGUGCACACGGGCGAGAAGCCCUUCCCCUGUCCUUUCCCGGGGUGUGGGAAAGUCUUUGCUAGAUCAGAGAAUCUCAAAAUACACAAACGAACUCACACAGGCGAGAAGCCUUUCAGGUGCGAGUUUGAGGGCUGUGAGCGGCGCUUCGCCAACAGCAGCGACCGCAAGAAGCAUUCACACGUGCACACGAGCGACAAGCCCUACACGUGCAAGGUGCGCGGCUGCGACAAGUGCUACACGCAUCCCAGUUCGCUGCGUAAGCACAUGAAGGUGCACGGGCGCUCGCCGCCGCCUAGCUCUGGCUACGACUCGGCUACACCUUCUGCUCUCGUGUCGCCCUCGUCAGACUGCGGCCACGAACCUCCUCCGGUGGCCUCCUCCGCGGCGGUGGCGGCGCGCGGCACCGACCUGAGCGCAUGGUACGUGUGUCAGGGCGCGGGCCCUGUCGUGGCCACCCCUGCCGCGCCCCCCAGCCCUGGGGCACCACCAGGCCUUGCAGCUGCCGCCGCGGCCUCCCCUGUCGGGGCUGCUUCUCUGGGCGUUGCUUCGGUGGGUACAGCUGUGAGGCUAGGCCCGUGCACUGAGGCUUGA